AUGGCGGGCGCCGAUGGCGAACGAGGUGCCAUCCCCAAGCACCCGCAGCAGCUCUUCUUUGACAAUGUCAAUCCUGCGACGCGGCUACUGGAGAAGCGGCGGCAGAUGUACGAAGUGCAGGACGCCCUAGAGAACCAGAAGGCCAGGUUCGCCAAGGAGGAGGACCAGUUCCGAAAGAAGGAAGAGCAGCUACGGGUCAAGGAUCUCCAGCUCCAAAAUCAGCUGGUGAAGUUCAACAAGUUCCUCCAGGAUAACGAGGCCAAGCGCCAGCGCUCAGAGAAGAGGGCUGCAGAGGAAGCCGCCCAAAUAAAGCAGAAAGAUGAUGAGAUCCUGGACCUUGAAAAGCAGCUUGAAGACAGCAAAGCUCUUUGCUCCAAGCUGGAAGAGGAGAAAGACAGGAACAUGAAAUACGAGGAGUUCUUGGAGUUGGUGAAGGAAACCUGCGACGACUACGCCGAGAUUUCGGAGAUCGUCGAGCGGCACUCCACCCUCGAGGGAGCCAACAUCGACCUCUCAGAGCUCCAAGCGGACUCGGAGACGCGAAUAGAGGAGCUGAGAAAUCAGUUCCAAAUCUACAAGAAAGAGCAAGAGAUGGAGAUGAUGGAGCUGCGAAACAAGGUUGCCAUCCUCCAAAUCGAGUUGGACGAGUGCCAGAAGAAGCGGCAACAACUCCAGCACGAAUUUGACGAGGUGACGCAGGAGGACUCUAGGGACUCCCUCUUCUUCGGGCAGAUUCUGAUGUCAGUUGAAAACCUGUUCCUGCGCUGCACCACAAAGAGGAAAAACAUCCAGCAUGCCCAGACGCCUGUCGACGAUGAGAGCAAGCAGGAAGGCGAGGAUGGUCAAGAUCAGGGCGAAGACUCCUUCCGAAAGAAGAAGGACAACGCCGCCAGACAACUUAAAGUCAUCCUGGCCUACCUGAAGGACUUCAAGGAGAUCUGCGAGAUUCUCCGGAAGGAGCGCCGGGGCGACCCCAUGAGGGUGAAGCUGGCCCGAGCUUGGUGUACAUGA